AUGUCGAUGAACCAGCAUGCAUGGGCCCCACAAACGCAGGUGCAACCGGAAGUCGUCAAUGGCACCCAGAUGUCUGUCCGCCAGAGAGCCAUGUCGAGGCAGCAAAGCGGGGUUAUAGCGCCACUUGAUCUCGCCACACGAGACAACAGGAUGAACGGUCACCAGUUGAGCAUCGACGCUCAGCAUCUUUCGCCGAUCAACGAGACCCGGUCUCCUUCGCCUACCGUUAUACGAAGGGGCGAUUACCCGUUGAGAGCCGACCAGUCAUCGUUCGUCCCACAGAAUGCCGCGCCUAAGGUCCAGACUGAUCCGCCUGUUCCCGGACCCAAAGUGAACGAAACAAAGGUAUCGAACACGAACCAGUCCAAACAAGCCCAGGCGUCGGCUGCGUCACCAAAACGUCUGCCAACAGCCACGCAGCGCUCAGCCCAAGUAGCAGCACAACCUCAGUCGCAGUCACAUACCUCUAGCCAGGCUCCAGCUCAAUCACCCAAGAUUAACGGUAUUCGAGAGAAUGGUCAUACGCGAGGCGUCAAGAGCGAAAGCCACGGCGCCGAGGGUACGUGGCAAAAGGCUACCAAGAGUCGCAAGAAGGGCGCGGACGCAAAGAACCAGGGUAACAGCCUCGUUCCAAGCGAGCAGCCGCCUAAGCAUGAGGCGGACCGAAAGGGUGGCUAA